AUGCGCACUCUGCGGCUGGGGGCGGGUGGGCUAUUCAAAGGGGUUGUGCUGCAGGAUGGUGGUGUCGCCGGAGGAGACGCUGACGAGCGAGCCGCCUCGAAUGACGCACGCCCCAAGGCGCCGUACGAGGACAUCUCUGUCCCACAGUUCCGCAUUUGCCACGACGAGGUUGAUGUUGUUGUCGAAUCCCUUGAGGAUGCCGUGCACUUCCCUCCCCGCCACCGCAAUCACGACGCGGCGGUCGAGGUGAGGCUCCAGAGCGAGGAUGCCCUCCUUCUUCCUGACGAUGUGGGCCAGCUCCGCCGCCAUGGGGCCUGCGCCGCACACACUUCCUAA